AUGAAAGAAAUGAUAAUUAAGAAUCUUUUCAAUCCUCCCAAGUAUUUUAAACAGAAUUAUAUGAAGUGUCUGAUCAUCUUGGAAGAAAGCGUCCUUGCCUGUUUGGUCCAAGGCAUUCUGGAAUGUCUGUUCACAUGGAUCCGCUUGGUACAAGUGCAUGGAAUAGGCGUUUUUUAUGUGAAAAAACUUUGGUUACUUUUUUCACCAGAAACAACAGCUGACAUUUUAGGACUGCAUGAUAGACACUGGCAGUCGGCGCGGGAAGAAGUUAUUGAGCAGAUGAGAGCAUUGUAUCCAACGAUAAAAUGCAACUCCUGGCCUCAAGACUGUCAACCACUAGUUGUGUUUCAGUAUCCUGGCGAUGUUGUUUAUGAUCGUUCAGGAUGGUGA